UCUAUGGAACGAUGACUAUAACGAAGAAGUGGUAGACGAUGACAACGGCAACAAUGAUGAUGAUGAUGAUGAUGAUGACGAUGAUGAGGAUAAUGAUGAUGGUGAUGAUGAUGAUAAUGAUGAUGAUGAUCGUAACGAUAAUGAUGAUGAUAAUGACCGAGAGAAGUAAUCAUCAUUUGCCGGCGGUGAAUGUCGUUUGCCAUGGAGGUUCGCAGACCACCAUAAAAUACUCGUUCUCGAGAACAGAGGGGAUAGUUGCUUCUUUGAGUUCAAGAAGAUUAGAGCACUUCUUUCAUGCAUGAAUCGCACCCGAGAACUCUUCAUCGAACGUGGGAACUUCAUCUGCUUGGAUGAAUUCUGUGAUUGUAUUAGAGUGCUGAAAGUGUUUACGCGGGAAACGAUCGCGAAGAAUCUGUCGGAAAACUAAUUGUCGAACCUGUGACAUUCGCUUCCGCGAAUUCUAACUUAUUCUGUGACUUGUGAACAUUGCGUCAUUCGUAAAGUUGCAUCUGUACUGUUCGUAAUUGAGAACGCAGAGACUGUACUAUCCUAAUACUAAGACAAUUAUCUCUAUUCAGAUUAAAAUAACUGUUGUCUGAUAUGGCAUAACAGUUGAGCUAAUUUAUUGGUGGCUAAUAGUAUACUUAACUGUUGAGGAAUUGUAAUUUGUCUACAAUAUUAAUCGGAUUAAGACUUCUUGAUUUAUCAAAAGAAUACGACGGGAGUUGGAGAAACUAUCUGCAAUCACGGAAAUAUUUUCUAUAUUCUCUUACCAUACAAAUUCAAAGUUUUCACUUUUCGGAAAUGUGGAAUAGUAAUGAGAGCCUCAUCUCAAACCAGUAGCACGAGGGUGCAGUAAAACAGGCCUGACCUGCGAAACCACCCUCACCCUCUUCGUCUCAAUGAAUCUUUCAUAUUCAAUAUCUUUCGAAAAUUUUUGAAGUGUCUCCUGCAAGAAAGAAAGACAGAGAAAGAUACACUUGAGAAGUCAAAGUGUGGAACGAAGGAAGAAUAACGCUGCCAUCAGUAAGAAAGAAAAAGAGGAAAAAAGACAGAAGUAGAAGAAGGUGAAAGUAAGAGAGAGACGGACAGAGGGUGGGUGGUGGGGGGCUCUCGGUUUAAGAGAGAGGGAGAGAGAGGAGGUCGAAGGGAGUCGAGCGAGGAGAAUGACGGAUAGCCAGCAGCAGUUUUGCUUGCGUUGGAACAACUUUCAAGCUAAUAUCACCAGCCAAUUCGAGGCCCUCAGGGAUGACGAGGACUUCGUUGAUGUCACCUUAGCCUGCGAUGGUAGGCGUCUCCAGGCGCACAAGGUUGUCCUCUCCGCGUGCAGCCCUUACUUCAAGGAGUUGUUCAAGACAAAUCCAUGCAAGCAUCCGAUAAUAUUUAUGCGAGAUGUGGAGUUUGAACACCUGCAGUCACUUUUGGAGUUCAUGUAUGCUGGAGAGGUUAACAUAUCUCAAGCAGAAUUACCUACAUUUUUAAGAACUGCUGAGUCUCUGCAAAUCCGUGGCCUCACUGACUCUCAAAAUAAUCAGCACAACAACGAAAAGCAUUUGAAGACAAACAACAUACACGCAUCAAAUGGCCGUGGGCUGAUCUCACCAAAUUUGGAGGAGGACCGUAGCAAAACUCCACCAACUUCAAGUCCUCCACCAUUAAAAAGGCUGUGCAAACGAAGUGAUUCGCCUCAAAUAUCUAGUCCAGUACCAGCUCCGGCGGCCUGUGCAACUGGAACGCCACGCACACGGCCAUUAAUUGAGCCACAGGUUCAACUUGACUGUUAUAAAGAUCUCGAUAUUGUUGAGCCAAAAAUAGAAUUACCAGAAUAUGGAAGCGAUGAUGAUUGCUCUCCAAAGCAGGAGGUCAACACACUGCCAAGUGGUUUUCUUAGCCUUGAUGGUGGCAUGGAAGUUCUGCCAUCUUAUCCACCUUCCUAUCAAGGUGGUGGAGCAGGAGGAGGAGGAGGAGGUGGAGGAGGGGGUGGUGGUUCACUAGAAGGUGGGAUGCCAGGACCAUCUCAUGCUGGUAAUACGGAACUAAAUCAAGAACAACAAGGUCGAAGGGUACGCCGCGGCAGGCCGCGGCUUGGAACAAGGGGUGGAAAACAUGGAUCCCCGUCUGUACAGAGUAAUUCGCCAUCAAGGAGUGAAUGGUUACCCUUGGAUAUGAGAACUACACCUCCUGCUGCGAUGCCUGCUUUCCGUGGUUUCGAGGAGUCCUCUUCCGACGGCGUGGUGCAUUUGGGAGAGGGAAUAGCAGUUUGCGAGGAACAACUAAGGGCUGUGAAAUGGAGCGAUUACAGAAAAUUGACCCGUGGUCUGGCUGCAAUCUUGUUCAGCCCCACCGAGUUGGCCACCUGCUCGGUCACAGGACAACGAUGGAGCCGAGCUGGAACUGCCACUGAAAGACCAGUGAAACCUGCGCUAGACAAGGCCAAAGUACAGGCUAUUAUAUCCUACGUGACAUCGAGGUUUCCCACAGUCGACGUGAGCAGCGUGAAGCAAGUGUUGGCUUACAAGUGCAAGGAGAACUCGACGGCACUCAAGAUGAAAUCUAUUAGAUACAUUUGUGAGAGACAGGAAACAGAAAGAUCACCAAGGGCAAAUCCCGAAGAUAAGUGAGAGGUGGUAGAAGUGCGUUGAACGUGCAGCCAUAAUCGAACAACUUCGCAACGUUCAAUCGAAUCUGGGGACUUCUUGCGGCUUGCGACUAACCUUCUUGCUUCGUCCUCUCUCGGCAUCGACAUCUUGAAAAUUACCAUUUUCGAUUAAAUUGGCUCGCCGUUUAAUCUGGCCGUGGUUAAUAUGUCACAUAACCACUGAAUUACUCGAAGGAUUCGCUAUUGUUAAAAAGUUCAAGAACUUGGAGGGAUCAAUGCUGUCGUGUUAAUUCAAAUAGGCGUAUCUGGUCGAAAGGCGAUUUUGAGAAAAGUGUCUUUCAAUAUUUAACAACCAGGCAUCGAUUUCACAUACGUCCGGGAUAUGAACUGUUAUAUCUUCAGUUUUAACGCAGAUAUGACUUUCUUAUUUGCUAUACAUACAGGAAAACUAUUUUUCUGCUGCCUGACAGCAAUGACUUGAUUUUAGCGGAAAUUGCAGAUAUGCCUUUUUGACGUAACAAAGGCAGAAUGGCAAGAUUGAUAUUUUACCUUCGAUGAAACAAUGCCGAGACUAUUUGGACAGUUAAAGCCGUUAUAGGAUCAAUUGGUUGAUUGCUUCAGAAUAUCAGAUUAUUAUGGUACAUGAUGUAGUUCAAUUACGUGAAGAGUUGAAAAAUCUUCAAAGGUACGGGAAGAACGUCUCUUUGAGAAAGAACGUGACGUCUUAAAUCGCGUAAUUUCCAAAUUUCCAUAAUUUGGAUCAUGUCAAGGUUGUCCUUAUGCCUUAAACCGCCGUGUUUUAAAUUAGCACCGCUAGGAUCGGUUGAAAAUUAUACGAAUCAAUGAUAUUACCUUCGUAAAUUAUUAUUCGUUUAAAAAAAAUAAUUAAAACAUCCGACUAUCGUUAUUAAUAACCGAGCCUUAAAUUUAUCAACUCCAAUUUCUGAGUGUUGAAUACAAUUCGUAAACGAAGAGCUGAUAAAAUGUAAAUAAAAUAACGAAAAGUAUCGUGAACUUAAAAAAGAAAAAGAAACAUCUAACCUAACAGCGAGAUGUUUUUAAAGGGAAAAGCGGACGCGGCCUACUUGAUAGAAAAAUCAUCUUUGAAACGGAUUUAAAAAAAAAUCGAUCUUAAUAACGAAAAAAAUCGUAAUAAAUGAUAUAACUUGUAUAGGAUCAAUAAUUAGAAAUGAACAAAAAAAGAAAAGAAGUAAUUUCGUUAGUAAUAAACACGAUCGUUUGUUAUGAACGAAAGACAAUUUUGUUUAUAAUUCGCGAACGAACGUAGUGGUAGUAGCAACCUCUUAGGAUGGAAUUCUAUGAAAUGCAGUAGAACCUCAGUUGUCCGCACUAAUUGAAGGAUAAGUAUGUUCGAAUAAUAGAAUAGUUACUUUCCUGAUGUUCAUCCUCGAGAAGGUGUUCAUCUUUGAACGUUCAUAUUUGUCCUCUGUAUGUUUCAAGAAAGAACAUAAACUAUAACAAUGGCGAUAUAAAUAAUGAAAUUAAAUGAGAUGUUCAUCUUAGAAAGCUCACCUUUGUUCUAUAUAUUUCAAAAAUGUAAAUAUAUAUUGGGUUGAAUAAUAAAUAAUAUUGUACUUUUUGUAAAAAGAGAUAGUCACUUUGUGUUUUUAUUGAGAAAUUUUAUUCACCAACAUAGUGUCCGUUUUGGUCCACAGACCAAAUUUUGCCAUCAUGUGGACAAUAAUUCCACUCUCCCAAAACUCAUCUUUUUCUGCAAGGAACAUGGACAUGUGCAUUUUGUAGGCCCCCAAAGAAUCGACAUUUUAUCACUGAAUUUUAUAAAGAUCUGAACAAAUGACGAUUUAGGGAUAUUCUGUGAAGAUGAAAAGAUGUCAGAGAACAUCCCAAUUGAAUUGCCUCAGCUUUUGUCGAGUUUGUGACGAGACGUGUGGUCUCUCAUUGUCAUGGUGAAAAAUGGCUUCUUUCUAUUCGCUAUUCCUGACCAUUUCUCCUGGAUAUUCGCCUUUAGCUGAUCCAAUUGGUUACAACAUUUCGUAGAAUUUAUAGUCUCAUCUUGUGCUAGGUGCUCGUAAUACACUAUUCUCUUGCAAUCCCAUCAUACACACAGUGUGAUCUUCUCAGGCUAUAAACUUGGACUUGGAAGUUGUUAAUGCAAUUGAUCUCGGCUUAGUCCAAUGCCUUUUCCGUACAACAUUAUUGUAGGUGACCCAUUUCUCAUCAACUGUGACAAUCCACUUUAGAAAUGGCUCAUUUUCCUAACGUUUCAAUAGCGAAUCACAAGCCAACAUUCUAUCCGCUGUGUUUCUUCCUGGCAAUUUGUGGGAACUUAAAUGCCAUAUGAGCCGUUUAAUGCAAAGAUGGUGUAAGCUGAUUGAAAAAAGUUGAUUACUAGAUAACGAGGGAUAAAGUAAAAUUUCUGUGAGAGGUCGAAUGGCUGAUUUUCACAUAUUCUUCUAUCCACCGAGAAACUAAUGAAGAAUGAAGGUUAUGCUUUCAAGCUGUACUGUUACAAAAGAUUCAUUUACACUACUAUUGCAAGUUGAUGUAAGUGAUUCCGAACGUUAGAUUCCGCUUUUUUCAACAUCUCAGUAAUCUGUCUGCUUAUCAACAGUCGAUAAUUUGUCAUUAUAAACUUCGACGGUUGUACCAGGCUGUUUCUCAUCGCAUACCGUGAAAUCUCGUAAACAACCAUUCUCAUCACUUUUACACUUACAGCAUCAUCAUCUUGCACAUCGCAAAUCUUUUUUUGCCGUUUGUGUGGUGCUUUUUAACGGCAUAAUUUGCUCAAUUAUAAGUUUUUUAGUCAGAGGCGCCAUCAGCUGACUUACGACCCGAUUUGUGAGGUUAGGAAUACCGCAUCGUUACUUGAGGACAACAGAACGCCAGGUGGCGUGAAAACACGACGUUACUUAUUAACCAACCCAAUAACAGCAAUAUUGAUACUGAAAGUAAAUAUGACCUGUUUAGCUGUUUUAGCAGAUUUCAUUCGGCAAAGUUACAUUUCUUUUCUGCAUAGAUUAUGACUAAGGACUCAAAUAUUAUAAAACGUCGAGGAAUAUCAUUAUUGUCAUUAUAUUCGUUUCUCAAUUAAUUCGUUAUUCGAAACACACGUAACAUCAGCACGAUGACCAAUAGAAGAAGGUUCGUCGCGUUGAAACCAUUGUAUUACGUCGGGGCUGUUGCAAUAACCGAAACCUGGUAUUGUGUUCAAUGCAGAAAGAGUCUCUUCUACGUCUGUCGUAAUAUUAUCUUCCACUUCUUCCUGUAUGGUGUCUUCAAUGUAAUUCACUAGUUUUCUCCAUGCUCUUCUCAGUGUUACACAUCUGAUGCCCAACCAAGCAUAUGCCAUCUCAUAACUGCAAUCUUGUAAACCUAAUUGCUUGUGAAGUUGUAUCGUUUUUGCCAGUAGUGUCGUUAGUCGUUGACAAAAAUUCCUGUAAAGGAACUUCUUAUAUGAUGAACGUGUUAGGAUAAUGGAACGUACGGGUAAUAGGAAAUUCGGAUGACAGGGGUUCGGAUGAUCGAGGUUCUACUGUAAUUAGGAUGAUGAGGGCGCAGUUUGGAUUAACUAAUUCUUAGUUAACUUUCUUUGCGAAGAUAACUGUAACAGAGGUUAUGUUUCUUUUUAACGUAACAUUCAAAGAACGUACAACACGCAGUCGAAAAGUGUGGUAUUAAUCGAUUUCAGAUUAACAAACGAAAGAGGAAAAAUUACCUGCUAAAGUAGCAAGCUGUUCAAUAGAAAUGUCACUUUAAUUACUUACAUGAAUUUUUAUAUCUUUAUUAAUUUACGAGGUAGAUAUAACGAUCGAAUUGCAAUUUUUUAUUGCGUGAUAUUGACAAAAUAUUUGAUCGUAAAAUUGAAACAUUUUUUUUACCAGAUAUUAUGAUAUGCUUGAAUUUUGCAGUUCAAUUUUUGACCAAUCUUUUUCUGGGAUAUUGUCUGAAUUAAUAGAAUUUUUAAACUCGCAAUUGGGCCGAGUUAUGCAGAAAGUCAUCAGUCCUCGAUGAUCUGCACUCGAGUUUUAGUUUCAGGAUUUUAACUGUAAAGAAAUAGCUUUAUUUCCGUUGAAUAUAUUUUAUUUCCUGUUGUUGUUUUACCAUUUUACCAUUUUCAAUGGCUUAUUUAGUUAAUAUAUGGUUUGGAAAUUUUCUGCAGAAUAAUUAUAAGCCUAAAAUGGAACUAUGGUUGCAGUAGUUUUAAUAAUGUAAGAGUUGUUUUAUGAGUUGGUAAUCUUUUGCAAAGUGAGCUUCACAAAAUUAUGGGAUCCGUGAUGCGUUUAAUUAAUCUUGCUGUCAUUUCGAGGACUGCCAGGUUUCUGCGUGACUUGGCUUAAUGGCAUCGUCGUUUGUUUCUUAAUUUGACAAAGGUAUUUUAGUAAAUUGUAGUUUUUCCUCGCCAGUCGAUAAACGUACCAAGGGGUAAUUGUAACAAGACGUUGAUUACUAUUUUUUCGUCAGAUUUUACUAGAAAUUCUCCAUCUGUGUAAACUGAAUAACGAAAAAGGUAAAACAAAAGGGACAACUACCCGGGAUGUGAGGGUAGCAAUUUUCGUAUAGGAAAACGCCUAAAGUUUAAACAAGUAAAUAGAUAAAUAAACCGAAAAAUUAAAGAAAUGAAGAAUAUAUAUAUAUAUAUACAUACAUAUAAAUAUAAAUGAAAAUAAAUAAACAAACAAAUAAAUUCAUAUGUGCGUAUGUGUGUGUAUACAGAGAUACGUAUAUGUAUACAAAUGCAUACGCACGCAUAUAAUUAUAUUGAAUUAUUAUUAACGAGAAUAGAUGAGAACUUAUAUAUUAUUUGUUGGGAGAGCAUAUAUUAUACGAUAUUUAAUAUAUUUAGGAUAUUUAUUUGUUGAUUUGGUGAUAAUAUAUAUAUAUAUAUAUAUAUAUAUAACAUAGAAAAAUAUAUAUAUAUAUACAUAAAUAGGUAAAUAAUUUUUACAAGGCCUAUGACAGGUUGAAACAAAUGAAACAUGGUAUUUCAACGGGGAAAAAUCGAUUGAUCACUUUCGCGGUUUUAAUCCGGAUUAUUUUAACUUUACCGCUUAAUUCGUUGUUUUAAUCUGAAGCAAUUAGAAACUCGAAUUAAAUAAUAACAUUUGAUGUAUAUACAAAGUUGCGCGGUAUCCUUCUCCUUAUCGAGAUCGAUUCGACUCUAUUUUCUAAUAACCUAACCUCAACCUAACCUCAAUCUAUUUUCUAAUUUCUGUUAUACAGGUUACAUUGAAAAUGAAAUUGAUCACGGAAUUAAUUAGAAAUUGUUAUUUUAUCGAAUUUGUAGUUCACUUGCAGUGUUGGGCAAAACUUUGUUUAACUAUUGAGCAGUAAAUAGAAAAUUCAAAUACUGUUCGAAUUGCGAGUAAAAAUGAAAUUUCGUAGAAAAUGGAAGUCAUUUGAACAAUGCGAGAAACAAUUUGUCUAUUGUUUCUUAUUUACGAAUGAAAUUUUAUUUUUAGUUUGAACUUAAUUACACGAUAAAUGAUAAUAUAUAAAUAAAUAAUUUUCGGUUCUUGCUUUGUCCACUUGCUUCUGAAACUACUCACCUUUCGAAUUAAUUGUCAAAAAGCCUGUUUAAUUUUGUCACAACUAAUGAACAUGAUUAAAAAUUACAAACUGUCGUUUACAGUAAUGUUAUACUUGUUGAUAAAUCAUAAAUAAAAAUAACGAAUACAAUUGUACCUGUAAAUAACAGUUAACUCGAUUACUUUAAACAAUGCAUUUAGAAUUGUCCAAAUUACAAAUAAUUUAUCUCUGUUUUUCAUUCGAACUUUCAAAUAAACAAUGCCUCUGUAAAUAAUUAUUUACGCCAAGAUUUAUUCAAUGAUGCUCAACAUUGUUUGCAAACGAACAAUUAACGAAAUGUGCAAUUAAUUGUUGUUCGAUCGAUCGUUAAGCAAAGCCUAUGGCAGAACGUCGAUUAACUUCAUUGCGAGGCCUAACAGAUACGAAUUUUAAACUAUUAAUGGAAAAUAUUUCGUUCUUCAGUUGAGUGGCUCCAUCAUCGGAUUUCGAUAAUCCUCAUGGGAAAACAAUUUGUUUGAAAGAUGAAUCGAUCUCGAUAAAUCGUUUCCAACGUGAAAUUAUUUCUUAACUGUUUUAUUUAAAAACUAGAGGUGAAAAUACAUCUCGUGUUAGCUAUGGUCUUUUCGGAAGUUUCUUGGAAAAAAUUCUUUCGGACACGGCAUUAAUCGAGCGAGUGCUCGAUUUACUCCACUUUCUACGGUUUCACAUGUUUAUUAAUUUUUUGUUGUCAUCGAAAGUAAUAGGUGAUUUUAAACUGAUAUGUAUAUAAAUGUUUUGUUAAAAUGUUAUUAUCAGUUAUAUAUGUAGAUGAAUGGAAUUUCAUAAUUUUAUUUAAACGUUAGAGGCGUUGUGUAAACAUUUAGAGAAAAUAUAUUAGUUCGUUACGAGUCUGUUAAUUUUAUCGAUGUCCGAUUUCUUUAGCUGCAGUAACAAAGAAUAUCCAACAUUUGCAUUAUUCAUAGUCGUUUUAUUAUAUAUUAAUAUAUAUAUAUAGAUAUAUACAUUAAUUUAAUAAAAUAUAUCGAUCGAUCGUGUUGUAUAAGUGAAGAGGAAUAUCGAUGAUAAAAUAUUUGGGAGGAAAUUUUACAUGUAAGAAAAUGAAUCUAGCAAUAAAUUUUCUAAAUUAGCGGUUAGUGAGUGAAAUUACCGUGGAAGGUUCGCAACUUUGAUCGUUCUCGGAUGUCUUUAUGUACUGCGACUGAAAAUUAUCGAUGGGAAUAAUUUUCUUUGAUUAACGAAAGUUGCCCGUAGAAUCAGAUGUACAUCGGUUGUCGAUUAAAACCAGUUUCGAGCAAUAAGAUUUUGUAUACAAUUUAUACAAAAAUUUAGAAACGAUUUUACCGAAACUGAAUAAAACAAAAUUGUUCGCGUUGUAAAUUCGUACAGUCGGAAACAAAAAUAAAAAAAAAAAAGAAAAAAAGAAGAAAACAAGUGGACAAGUGGUAAAAAUGGUUAUCAAUAAAGUUGAAAAUAAUAUUGAUCUUACAUAUAUUUAUUUACGAUUUUAUAUAAACACCUGCCUAAUUUAUAUAAUAUACCUAUAUACACGCAUGUAUAUAUGUACACAUAAGUAUACAUGAAUGAUCUAAUCGAUGGUCGAAAUUGUUAUUUAUAUUUUCAGGAGAGCAAAAUCUUUUAACAAAUUGUCAACCAAUUGCUAGAGAACAAAAAUAAUAGUAGUAGAAUUUACUGCACUGAAAUCUUUCUCAUUACUUUUUGGACACACCCGGUAUUAAACAUUAUUCAGAAAAAGAAAAAAAAAGAUAUAUAUAGAUAUAUUAUAAAACACUAACAGGUAAUAUGGAUACAUAACUACUACUGCAAAUUGGUCAGGGGUACUGCACGUUCUGUUUAAAAUAUUCUGCAAUAGAAAAUAUACCUGCAAUUUGUGAAGUUUAUGUUAUAAUCUUUACUGAUACUUUCCAAUAAUUUUUACCAAAUAUAUUUUAUCAUAUCGCUUAUCCAAUGGAAUAUCAACAUCCAAUGAACUCAACAAGUUGCCAAUUGAAUUAUUUGAGGCCUUGUUAAUAGUCACUUAAGCAACUGAAUAUUUGAAUCUUGAAGUAGCUUUUUACUUUUCUUGGCCAUGUAUCUGGGAUCAUUUUCUUGUUGUAGGAUGAACACUUCUUUGAGACCAAUUCUUAAGUCUGUCACUUUUAAAUUUUCUUUUGUUACAUCAGUGUGCUUAUGUGCAUUCAUGGCUGUAUUUAUAGAUACUAAAACACUAAUUUGAUAUGUCAUGAGAAAUUCCUUUAUACCAGUGCUCCAUAAACUUCCUCCAUUCCCAUUUUGUCUGGACAAAUUUGACACCAUCUCUGUUGUGCACACAAAAAUGUAUACAAAGUAUACAUAAACAUUCUGGCAUCUCCCUCUUGCGACCAGCUAUUGAACUGUUGGCUCAUCCUUCAUCCUUCUUCUACCAGAUAGGUAGACACGUGGUAGUACCAUCUUUGUUCUAUUUAUUCCGUGGUAUUGUUCUUGAUCCUGCAGUUUUCGUCGAAGUAUAUUUUUGCUUUUCCUGCAAUUUUUCCUUGCACUCACUGGAUUUCACUUGAAUUUGGCAUUCGUGGACAAUUUCAUGAUCUUUUUCUGCGAUAGCACAUUGUCUUUAUCAAAUAGUAUACAAUGGUAUAGGUUAGUAUAUUUCUUCGACUAUGCCUUUUUGGUACACUAUGUAUAUUUUGAAGCAAUUAUAUGGCCACUUAAUUGAUUACGACGAUCAGAAGCAACCUAAUCUUGAACCUGCAAUCAUGGUCUCGCCAUUUUUGGCAUCAUAGUAUUAUUUGACAAAUAAUCCUAUUGUCGCAAAGAAUUUUUUUUAACUAAUAGGUUUGUUCAAUCGACCACAUUUAAGAAUUACUUAUAUUUGAUGUCCUGAAUAACUGAACCGGAAAUGUCCUCUUAAUCGACUAUCUUGUUUGUCAAACACGAUUUUCCACAGUCUACUUAUUCGCUAUUCUUCUGCUUGUACGUUUAUAUUUAUUAUAGGUUUAUUAAUUUCAGUUAUUGAUUAAGAGGAUAUAUUAUAAAUCAGAUUUAAACAUGAAAGAUUAAUACUAUUUUAAGCUUUAUCGAACACUGUUUCUCCCAUUUGUCCACUUUUGUUCCUGACCGUAUAUUUACUUGCCGUUAGAUUUUUCAAUAAUAAAUUUUUCCAAAUCAUUUCGCUAUUAUCUGACAGUUGCUUUCCAUUUGAACUUGAUUAAUUAUUAAACGAUUCGAUCGAUUUCGACGUGCAUUUCGUUUCCUCAAUCAACGUUCACGUAACUCGUGAAGGAGUGAUUAUUUUCUAUCGUUAGAGUUCUAAUUGUUAAACUUCUGAUUAGUUGUUUUUUAUAAGGCGAAAUAAUUUGUAAAUAAAAUAAUAAUAAUAAAUAAGGAGAAGAAUAAUAAGAAUAAUAAUUAGGAGUAACGAAAGACAGAAACUUUUGUGAUGGAUGGUUACGUUAGUAACGGAUAAUUAACAAAUAAUUAAUUAGGCUAAACUUUAUUUUGUCAGACCAAGGAUUAUUGUUUUUGUUUCUUGCAAUCUUGUACUUUUCGUCCUGUGGAAUCUGGAAAUGCAGCUUUAAGGCGCGGGAGCCACUAGUUCAAAAGUUAUGACUGUGUAAAACCGAGUAUUUUUAGGUUAUUUUAUACCUUCCUUUGACGCCAUAUUGACUUCUAUACACGAUUCGUCCAAUGAGUGUCGCUGGUUGUGAAUAAAUGCACGAGAAUGGUGACCAGCUUGUGGUGGGGUUUUGAAUCAUGAAUAUUGGAUUAUUUAUUAAUUAUCAAUUAAUUGGGUUAUUUGUCAAUUAGGUUCAGGUUAUUCCUUAAGUUAGUCGUCCAUUUAAUAGCACAACAGUGAUGUAACGACAUUUGGCUGCUCAUACGUCUUCAACACGUGAGAUUCACACCUAUCGUCCACUUUACAAACUGUCAAAAUUUACCAGCGUAUUAGCAUUGUACCUUGAUAAAGGGAAAGAUGAUAGAAAAAAAAGGAAGAAAAUAUUGGGCACACAGAAGUUUGAAAUUACGAAGAAGCGGCGGUAAAUUUGAUGCACUGUAUGUGUAAACAGAUAAUUGGAGAUGUACAAAAAUUCCAUCGAUACUCUCCAACAUCAACAGCACGAUAUCAUAUAUUAUUAAAAAAAAAGAAAGAAAAAGAAGUAGAAAGUGUUAUACAAAAACGAAAUAUAAAAUUUGGAGUAGCAAUUGACGUCCGUAGAAAAAUUGACAGUACGUCUAAGGCAGAUGCAGGACAAUAAAAUCCUAUUUACGAUAUGUAUAAUAUACAUAAAAUUAAACUAGCUGAAAUAAUUAUGGGUAUUGAAGUGAUUAAACUAACCCUGUUCGUCACCAAUGCAUUGUCAGCAAUGAACCUAACCUAAAUCCAGAUUACUAUCUAGACGAUAGGGAGAACCGUCGAUGCUGUGCUGUUGUCGUUAAAUGGACAAACUUCUAUGAAAACGCGUAAAAUAUGUAAAUUAUGUGAAUGCUACUGUUGAUGCUAGUCUGAUGCUGUUAGAUAAGCCACGAUCCUUGUACAUGGCAUUGGGCUGGGAUCAUUGCUACUAAAGUAGAAAAUUUUGUAUUUCACUGAUCUUCAUAAAAAACAAAGUUUUUAAAUGGGAUGGGUCAAAGAUGUAUUAAUUUCUUUCAAAAAAAAAAAAAAAAAAAAAAAAAAAAAAAAAAAAAAAAAAAAAAAAAAGAAUUAAUCUUCAGCGAAGUUCAGUUGAAUCCUCAUCAGUGCAGGCCAAUCGGUUGAGGAACAGAAGCAACAUGGCGUCAAUAAAAGGACAUGCAAAAUACUUUUGCAAUGCUGAUAAUUUGUUAUCCAAUGAGAUUUCUCGCCUUAAAACUCAUAUUUAUCGAAUCCUUCGUGUGGAAAAUAGCCAGUCAGCAAAAGAAAAAGAAAAUAAUUGUCGAUCCUGCGAAAUAAAGUUCAGCCGUUAAUUAACCUAUCUCGGUAAGCUUUAAUUAUUGUUAAUUAUUGAAUAUUAGGUAACCGAUAAAUUAGUCAUUGAUCAACGAGCUAAUUUACUUAGGGCAGAGAAUUCAUGGGACUUUUAUUCUAGAGAAAAUAGAAUUCGCGCAGAGACGAAUGUGUUGGUCAGCUGGCGAGCUAUUCCUUGUGAUUUGAAUGGGGAAUAACGGGCUGGCUUAUCGUAUGGUUAAGCAGUUACCGAAAAUAUCUUCUCUCUGCUCUGUGUCCGCCGUGCAGCCAUAGGCCACAUACGCAUAGAUGCACACCAACAAUUGGUCGGCAAGAUUAAAUAAACAAAUAACAAUCUGGAUUCCGUGAAAACGCGAUUCUAUCAGAGCGGUGGGUCGAUACUGGGAAUCAGCGAAGGCAACGGUUUUAAUUAAUCGGUUUUUGUCGACCGAAAUACUCGAACGUAAAUUCAAAACUCGAUCGAACAUAAUUGAAAGUAAAAACUGAAAUGUUUCUCGACUAUAGUUUAGAAAUUUAUUAAUGAAUUUUAAAUUAUCGAGAGAAUGUUGGAAAGGCGGAGGGGAGGGGGAUAUAACUUUUUUUCGACCUUACAGGUAGGAAACGCGCGAUUGUUUCUUGUUGAACAAAAGGGCAAAAAAAUGCCGAGGGGAAAAUUGGGAAAUGGGGCGUGUGUGCGUGUGUGAGAGAAACAACAAGAAAUUUAUAAAGAUAUACGAAUAAUCUAGAUACCAGAUAACGAGAUGACAUACUCCAUGCCUUACAUAGAAUUAUCUAAGCCUAAGUAGAUGUAUCUAUAUAAUUAGUCAUAUUAAUUGAGAUAAAUUACGAGAACGUCAUGGUCAACAAAGAAUCGAGAAAUCGAGCAUAUGCACAAAUCAGUUUCCGGGGAUAGAUCUUCGAAAUUAGAAGUUUUAUCUUCUUUCCUUUCCUAAGUGUUUUCUUCAGAUUUAACAGAAUAGCUAAUUGAUGUUGUAACGUAUCACGUUGCGUUAACAGAUAUGUUUGUAUACUUUUUAUUUUUCUUCUUUUUUCCCCUUUUCUUAUGAUUUAAGAUGGAUAUCAGAAAGAUCGAGAGUGUUGAAGUUUGCACGACCUGGGUUGUCGCUAUUCACACUGUUACACUUAGACGUUCCGCCGGCUUUGCAGCUUGUUUCCUCAAGGCUGAAGUGGAAUUUACACGGUUUCACUUUGGACGAACACGGCCGAUGAACGCUGCUUUCAUCCUCGAAUGAGCAACAGAUGGAAACAAGUUCAUCUGCCAUGUUCCUCCAAAGUGAACCAGUGUAAAUCCGCCUUAAGUGUAAAGGCCCAUAUACACUUGCAACAUGUUGCAUGCAUCGAGUCUUAAGUUUCAUGACACGUGUUACAAUUAUGUAAUUAAGUCUCGACAGAUAGACAUCAGAAGCAACUUGUAUCGAUACAGGAACCUAACCAACAACACAAUAAUCCAAUCUUAGUUGGCGACCAUAACCUCAUUGGGACACAAGUUUCAACGUGUAGAGGGCAUCGCCGACUUAAUUUACUUAAUUUACAGUAGAUUCAUUAUCAUCGUAUUUUUGGCUGAAUUUUAAAGCAGUAGAUGUUGAGAAACAGGGUGAUCCAUACGCAAAUAAUUUCUAUAAUCGAUCGAUUCGUUCGUUUUUAGUUCCAUCAACAACGUGAGGUUAGAAAACCUGUUUCAUUCAAUUGGCCAUUUUCUUGCGCGUUUCUUUUUCGAUUUCUAAGUUUCUAUCUUUUUACAACGAACAGACCUCCUAUUGUCGAUGACGGUACUGGAGUUGGAAAAUAAUCAGACACGUCGAAACGCGCGUUUUAACAUUGGCAUCAAGCUAUAAAGUGAGAAGAAUCGACAAUGUAGAGGUGAACUGAAACUGAACAGAUUUCGAGAAACCUAGACGUCGACGCAUCGAAACAUGUUUCAACGUGAAUUUUAACGGUGUGGAUAGCGAUAGAAGAAAUUGUAAAAUUCUGUGAUUGUAUUUGUAAAAAAAAGAGUGUUACUUAUUGCCUUUUUGCAAUUUUUUAAAAAUUCCUAUCGUAUCGUACGAGCUAUGUACAUUAAUUCUGACUGAUUAAUUCUGAUUCUAAUUAAAGGUAUAUUCGAAAUUGAAAAUAAUCGGGGGAUGUUUCGAAUGAGAAGAAAAACGAACUUUAUCUCGAAGUUAACGAGAAAAGGGACGAUGAGAAGGGUUGUGAUUUAAAACUCGUGUGAUCGUUUAGAGGAAUAUUUUCAUCGACGAUUUACCAUAAACAAAUGCACGAUAGUUGAAAAUAUUUAUAUACCUUUAGACUCCAAUUGUUACUUACAAAAAAAAUCGUCGAUGGGAGGUUUCGGUAAACGAGCGAAUUGGUCAAUGUGAUCCGCGGGUUCGUUGUUGACCGAGCAUUUUUCUUAAUGAACUUACAUCCCUAAUUAGAGUGGAAAGUGGCGCUGAUUAACUGGACAUCACCUCGGAAAUUGAAAACUCGCUGGAUUCUAAAUUUUGUUCGUACGGUGUUUGUCGAUAGAGCUAAGAUUCUCGUAAACAUCCGCGAAAAGAGAUGUAUAUUUUCUCUUCGAGCGUUUAUAUUAAACUUCGUCGAUUUCUCUUUCACAUCGUAUAUUUUCACUUUUAACUUGAUCCAUUAGUUGUGUACAUUUCUAAAACCGAAUGACUUAACAACUUCCUGAAUAGCGUCGUUGGCAAUAAAAAUUAAUAAAUCUGUCGAACGUGAAAAUAAAGCGUUUGUAAAAUAUAAUCGUGGCAAAGUUUCCGCAGUAAAUUAAAUUCGUCGCAAGCGAAUCGAUAAAUUAAUACGCCUCGUAUCGGUUAAUCACGGAUUAUCGAACGCGAUGUAUAAGUGAUGCGUUAAUAAAUAUAUUCCUUAAAAUACUGAUUUAUUUCCCCAAAGAAAAACUUCUAUAUAGUUACCGUGUGAUAAAACAGAUAGAGAUAAUAAAUAUUUAUUAACUAUAACAUUGUUUAUUUAUACGAAGGAAAUAUUUUAAAAUCCUAUUCUUUAAUCAUUAAUUUAUUUCUUUAUUAUUAAUUCAAGUUCUCUGAUAUACUUAAUCGCAAAUAACAUACGAAUGCGUGAUCGAGACAAGUCACUAGUAUGAAAAUAACGUUGAAAGAAACAAUUUCUUUUUUUUUUAUUUAUUUAUAAAUAGAUGAACAUAUAUGAUAUAGUUAACCGGGAACGAACAAUUUAUGAAUUUUUUUAUCGUUUAUUCUGUCGAAUGUCAGGUAUAUGAAAUUGAUUGAAAAUUGAGAAACUAUUGUGGAUGACUUAUUUAUUCCUCUCGAAUAAUUAAGUGAAAAGUGAAAAAAUUCUCUUUUGCCUUAAAUCUUUGAACGUUUCUUUCUUAAUAACGAAAUGCGAUUUGAUUACUAUCGAAGAACUAAAUCUACUACUAUUCAUCUUAUCGAUAAGAAUACUAUUAUUUAAGUAAAGGAUAUGUAGACAUUCUGGAAAUGGUUGUUCACUCGCAUGUAUAUCCGUAUAAGUUGAUUGCAUAUACCGGUGCUUCUCAGCCACGUGAUAAAGCCAAUUUUGUGUUUGAAAUUCUUGCAGUAAAAUUCAAUGUCCACCUGAAUCGUUGGUUGAGAGACGCUAGCUCGACUCCUCUCCAUUUUACUGCUACUGUAUUUUCUUAUUUCUCGUAGCAAUGGAAAAUAAAAAAUUUCCUGAAGAAAUUCUAUGAUUCAAUGAAAAGUCAGGUAAAACUGUUGUUUAGGGGAUCCAGGACGUAUACUAUAUGAGUGGCCUUCGAAAGAUUUUAGACAUUGCUCGUUGUUCCUUAAAAAAUUACGAGGUAAAAAUUGUGGGUCUAUUAUAUUUUGGUUCACAUUAAUUAGGGUUAGAGUUAAGUUAAAAUGCUCAAACCUAACCUGAACCUAGUUAUGACAACGUAAUUAAGAGACUCGUAGUAAUUCUCACGGUUCACCCACGCUUUUAUUAAUUUCUCCAUGGCAUUUAUGCGUUUCUUCCUCUGAUACGAAAGAGGUUUAGGUUAGGUGAUGGCUCAAACUGCGCAGCCAACAAUGAAAUUCCUAAACUAAAUCUAAACAAAACUUUAAGUGUGGGAAUAUUAGUAUAAAACAUGUAUAUACAUUGUAUAUACACAUACAAACGUAGUUUUUUAACGAACAACGAGACACGAUUAUUAGAACUUUUCAAAGGUCACCGAAGAGAAUUACCUUGAUAACAUAUCGUUCUUUCGCUGCAACAAUGACGUGGUUCAAUAUUCGUAAUUGUUGAGUUAUUGGUACAGAAAAAACAGCUGUUUCUUGUACUUUGUGCUGAUUGAGUCGUGCAAGUGAACUUCGAAAAUUCACCGCGCGAGGGCAGCUGUGUCGCUAUUGCAUCACCACGACACUAGCAGUUCAGGACAUUCAAAUCUAAAAUUGUGAUUUUUAGGUUAUGUCAUUGUUUGCAGCAAACGAACGAUAUGUGAAGGGCAAGAUCAUUGAAGAUGGACUGCCAGAUAGCAGUUUUACCAGAGCUAGAGUUAUAAAAUUGCGUAAAAAAAAAAAAAAAAAAAAAAAAAAAAAAAUAGAAUUGGUUUGAAUAACGGAAAUUGUAGCGAUAUUCAGAGAAAUUGAAUGGAGUCGAAAUAUUUGCGUCAUAUGGGUGUACUGAGAAGCUUUAUUUGCCGACAAUUGGUCAAAUACUUCCAUCAAGUUUAGUUUGGUAUUAUAUAUGUUGAUGCUACUGUGAAUUAAAGUGUAAACAGUUACCUAGAAAUUCUACGGGCUAUCGACGAUAGAAUUAAACUGCCAAUCUAUGUUGCAAAAUAUUUCGUGCACAUAAGUCUAUGAUAAUCUGUACAACGAAACGAUGUGAUUUUAAUAAUUACAUUACGCGAAGAAUAUUUUGCAAGAUAUGGCAGUAGAUCGAAAUAUUGUAUCUUUCAAACAAACUUGUGUAUUUAUCUGUGUUUUUUUUUUUUUUUCUAUUUCUAUCGUCGAAACGGCGAUACAAAGCGUUUUUGGACUUAUCCGCAUGAAAAUUGUAAAAGCUGAUGGAUAAGAGGAAUACAGGACGUAAGAGUUGAUUUACGUAAGAGAAGAAAUAAUAAACUUGAAGUGAUGGCGAUACCGAUGGUCUUCUCUCGAAAGCUAAAAAUGUAAAAGAAAUAGGUACCGAGAGGAGCGCCCGCGGUUGUGAUAAGCUACUAGCUAAGUUACGAUUAGUAGAUUUACUAAUUGAUUAAUUAGAUGAUCGUCCUAACCGGUUAGUGCGGCUUCAUUGUCCUGAUUUGUUGUUUGUCAUUUCCUUUAUUCUUUCCUGUGUUAUUUUUAAUAAAUUCACGGAUUAUUUUGUUUAAA